AUGACUGCCCACGGAGAUCUGAGUAGCAUCUUAGGCUGGGUGUCUAUCGCCUGCUGGGUCGUUGUAUACUCUCCGCAGAUUAUUGAAAACUUCCGAUUAAAAUCCGGAGAGGGAUUGAGCGUAGCCUUUGUCUCUAUAUGGCUGCUGGGCGAUUUGUGCAAUCUAGGCGGUGCGGUUAUGGCUGGCCUGCUGCCUACUGUCAUCAUCCUCGCGGUAUACUAUACGUUGUGUGACGUUAUCUUGCUGGUCCAGAUAUACUAUUACAGAUGGACCAGCAAGCGCGAGGGCCCGAGUAUGGUAUCUGACGUCGCGCCCGAUAUCACCACUGUCGGGGAGGAGACCCCUUUGUUAUCUGAUAGUAGGGAGAGUUCCAGAGAAGAAUUUUCAGUAAGGCGGGAGUUUGUCAAGUUCGGAGGAGCCUUGCUCUUCGUUUUCGCAGCCGGUGUGCUCGGUUGGUGGAUCAGCGGCUAUAUUGGCAAGGCAGAAGGAAGUCCGAACAGUCCAGAUGAUCACCUUGAAUGGCGGAGCCAGGUCUUAGGUUGGAUAAGUGCAGCUUUGUAUAUUGGUGCCCGCAUUCCCCAGAUCUUCAAAAAUUUCAAGACAAGGUGUGAAGGCCUGUCGCCCUUUCUGUUCGUAUUUUCGAUCACGGGGAACACAACGUAUGCGCUGUCCAUCUGUGCGGCGUCUAUGGCUCCGAAGUAUCUACUGAAAAACGCGUCCUGGUUGGCCGGAAGCGUCUUGACCAUUUUCCUGGACGUUUUCGUCCUCUGCCAGUUCUUCUACUACCGCUCUGUGGAGCGGGGCAACACGCAACCGCUCUCAUGAAGUACAUGUACUGAGCGGAGUACAGGCAGCUUUAAUACAGGAAGUACGUGUAUUGUUAGGU